AUGCCAUACAAGUACGAGAAUUAUGACCCCUCAUUCCCCGACCAACCCGUGGUUGACUUAUACCUCCCAGUUUGGGCCAGGUUACCUGCCUUCAAGUCCAAGCCAGCUUUCAUUUGGGCACAAGACUUGCACACCUUCACUGCUCUCACCUACCAACAACUUAACGCCACAGUUGAUGUCAUCUCCUCUCGACUACUCGCUCCGUUACAACGAGGUGACACUGUUCUUCUUCUUUGCUCUCCUGGACUUGACCUAGUUGAGCUCAUCUUUGCGUGUCAAAGAGCUGGUCUUUUGAGCGUUCCCAUCAUCCCUCCUCACCCUUCUUUUGCUAAAGAAAACUAUCACCAUCUCAUAAGAGCCAUUUCGCAGACCAAACCCAAAGCUGCCCUAGCUCACCCUCACUACAUAUCAAGCAUUAGACAAUACGUGUCUUCCCCCCACAACAACAAGAAACUUGCUCACAUGUUACAUAGCAUCCACUGGAUUUCCGUAGACGAACUCAAACAUCAUCAUGGUGUUGUUACUUUAAAUAAUCUUGAUUCACUGACAUACAGUGGUUGCAAAGCGAAUGAAGUUUACUUGGUUCAGUACACGUCUGGUGCCACUGGGGUUCCAAAACCCGUGCUUGUCACAGCGGGCUCAGCUGCUCACAACGUUAGAACAGCGAGAAAAGCUUACGAUCUUCAUCCCAACAGCACAAUCGUUUCGUGGCUGCCUCAGUAUCAUGAUUGUGGUCUCAUGUUCUUGUUGCUGACCCUUGUAUCAGGAGCCACGUGUGUUCUCACUUCCCCAACGGCGUUCAUCAAACGCCCCAGACUCUGGCUUGAACUCUUGUCGAAAUUCAAGGCCACGUGCACUCCCGUUCCCUCGUUCACAUUGCCACUCGUGGUCAAACGAGGAGGAAUUCACCAAGGAGCUUCUACUUCAUCCAUCAACCUUUCAACUUUGAAGAAUCUCAUAAUCAUCAACGAGCCCGUCUAUAGAGACUCAGUGGAAGAAUUUGUUCACACUUUUUCUCCAUUUGGGUUAAGCCCUUCUUCUAUCUCUCCUUCCUACGGGUUAGCAGAGAAUUGCACCUUUGUGUCCACUGCGUGGAGGAGCGUUAAUAGUGAUCAUAAUGAUAGUGUUGGUGCCUAUUAUUCUUCAAGCUUCCCAGAUUUUCCCACUCACAACAAGCUCUUACCAGUUGCAAGGCUCGAAAACGUGGAAGAGGAAGACGUGGAGAUUAUGGUUGUUGAUGAAGAAACGUUGGAGCCAGCUGAGGAUGGUGUUGAAGGAGAAAUUUGGGUUGCUUCACCAAGCAACGCUUCUGGGUACCUUGGCCACCCUAGUUUAACAAGAGAAGUGUUUCAUGGAAGACUAAGAAACAUGAUUAGCAAGUGCUUUCUUCGAACUGGGGACAGAGGCAUAGUGAAAGGAGAAAAAAGAUAUCUUUUUGUCACUGGUCGCUGUCAAGACGUUAUGGAACUCCGAAAUGGUCGAAAGGUUCAUCCACAUUACAUAGAAACUGCGGCUUAUAACAGUUGCCCCAAGUUACUGAGAGGAGGUUGUCUUGCAGCGUUUAAAGUUUCAUCAACGGUGGUGGUUGUGGCAGAGAUGCAGAGGAUCGAAAAGGGUAUAGAAAAAGGUGUGUUGAAGAGGAUUUGCGAGGGAGUUAAAGAAGCUGUUUGGAAGAAAGAGAAGGUGGAGGUUGGAUGGGUGGUUUUGGUUGAGAGUGAGUGUGUUCCGAAAACCACUUCUGGGAAAUUGAUAAGAGGGAAGGCUAAGGAGAAGCUUCUUGCAGGGGAAAUGGUGAUUCUGAUGAAGAUGCGGUUUGGAAAAGAUGUUACUGUUUUUAAGAGAGCAAAGAAGGUAACUGGUUCAAUUUUAUUUGCAGAAGCUCGUAGCUCAUUAUAA